GAGCCCAUAGUGAGGACUCAUCGUAGCUGCCAAUUCCCUUUUUUCUGCAACCCUGACCAAAACAAUUGCUCUAAGUCCAAAAUUACAUCAGCUACUAUUCUUAAUUCUCAAAAACUCCUUCUUGAGCUUGGAAUCAAUUCUGAACUGAUCGGAUUUUUGAAAUAUGACAUUGAUGAAAAGGUACAUGUUGAGAUUAUUCAUAUCACUGAAGUACAUCACAGCAAAUGUGGUAGACAGAAACAACGGACGAAUAGUUGCCACGUCAUCGACGGUCGAACAUUCAAUGAAACAAUCAUUGGAGUGCGGUAGAACUUGCAACGCCAAGGCUGCAGCGAUCGUAGGAGAAGUGUUGGCAAUGCGUCUCAAAGUCGAAGGUCUUGAUCAGGGACAAGGAAACGGGAUCCAUGUCAACGUAAAUAAGGAGGUCGAGAAGAAAGGUUUCAAGAAUCGCACAAAAGUUUGGGCUAUAGUCAAUGGACUUAAGAACAAUGGAGUGAAACUUAUUUUGGAUGACAAUGAAAAUGAUAGUUCUCAUCCUAGCUUCCGCUAGAAUAGUGCGUCGAUCCUCCUCUCGCACACCCACAAGAGCUGAAGAAGACGGAGUGAUAGUCUAGCCUGGUUGCAGAAGCUAGUGACUCUGGGUAACGUGAUGGGAAAGAAUGAGAUUAACAGGUGUUCAAAAUGGUUAGCUUCAAACAGAUUUGAGGCUAAACUUGCAUCAUAUUAUGCUGGCUUAAGUUGGGAAAAGAUUGCAUAUUAUGCAGGGCUUAUGUUGGGAAAAGAUUGCAUAUUAUGCAGGGCUUAUGUUGGGAACAUAUGGACUUGAAGUCAGGAUAGCUCAUCUUUCUCUUUUUCAUUGUACUAUUUAGAUCAGUUUGUUCACAGCCUCUAUCUGAAGUUCUAGCUUAACAGAACUAAACCAAAUUGUUGUAUCCAGUUUUAUAUUGUAAAUGAUUAUUGCAAUCAAUACGAUUGAUGAAUUCCUGCAUAGAUUUGGUGUAAUAGAUCAAGUGUUUAUACAUGAUUCUGGUUAAUGUGAGGCUGUCAAGAAUUUGAAAAUGA